AUGAUGGUGUUGAGUUCAUUUUUUAGAAUUUCUACUAUUUACUGAUUUUCUCACAAGGUAUGGUUUUUUUUGAGAUAAACUAUCUUAAAUUAGAACUUUGAUAUAGAUUGAAAGGAUUUUAUAUUUAGAACAUAUUAUCUCAUCCCUUAUUUAGCUACUUAAGAAAUACUUCACUAAGAAAGUUUUUAUCUAAUUAUUUUACAUUCUGGAAAUUAUUAAGUACUCUAAAAUCAUAAAAUGAAGAGGGUAUGAAAAUAAUGAUCUAACAAUUAAGUUUUCAAGAAAGAUUUUGAAGCCAAUUAGAUCACAAAAAAUGGAGGUAAUGUAUUAUAUUAAUAUAUUAGUAAAAUUGCUUAAAAGAUAUAGCCUAAACAAAUAGUGGCAUUGUAAGUUGUUUUUUACAACCAAAAAUAUAUUAGAUACUUCAAAGGGUUAACCUUAGAAACAUGCUAUCACUAUACUUUUUAGAAAUUGA